AAUGGAGGGUCAUCAGCAUUUCAAGCAACAACUAAAUCGAAAUGUCUGAGCAACUUUUCUCUUCUCUCUUUUCUCUCUUACCACGAGACUCUGUCAGAGGAAAUUCCUCAGUAUGUGAUCCUAUAGAAGGGGCAACAAAUUAUAUAAAAGAUUUGGAGAAAAAUGUUAUGGAGCUUCAAAAUAAGAGAGAAAUGUUAAAAAAGGCAAUGUUAUUGUCCGAUUAUGUACCAAAUAAUAAUAAUAAUAAUAAUAAUAAUAAUAAUAAUAAUAAUAAUAAUAAUAAUAAUAAUAUUGGAGCGUCGAUAAUUAGAAGCACUAAUCCUUCGAUUAAUGAAAGUUAUGUAAAGAUUAAGAACUUAUCUGAAGCAUUAGAAAUCGAAAUUAGCGCGAUGAUUAAGGAUGAAGAUGAUGUAUUUCCUCUUUCAAAGGUUAUCAAUAUUAUACAACUUGAAGAAGGUCUUAAUGUUCUAAAUUGUGCUUAUACUAAAGUUGAUGAUCAAAAUUGGAUUUAUGUUAUUCAUUGUCAGGUUAGUGAUGUGAAGUUGAUUGAUUCCUCUCGGUUGCAGUGGAGACUAACAAACGAAAUUUCAUCAACACAUGUUUCAUGACCAUAUAGAGUAUAUCUUUUUUAAUAGGAUGGAGCAGUGAUGCCCUUCAUAAAGGAAAUCGGAUCCUUAUAAUUUCUUCAGGGAGAAGAUGUUGGUGUGCGCUCUAUAUCAUGCACCGACAGGCCCGUUUCUGAAAAUUUAAUGGCCUAGAAAUGAGAUGAAAAAUCAUAGUUUUCAUAAUUGAGAAUUAUAUAUAUAUAUUCAACUUCAAUUUGUUUAAUUUACAAUUAGAUAUGUAAAUCCAAAUUUUUGUCAUGAAUAAUGUUGUGCGACAGCGUAAGUAAGAUCGAUAAACAAUAAAGAAAUUCAAACAAAACAAUAAGAAAACGACACAAGAGAUUUAACGUAGUGCACUAUUAAUGUGAUAGCUACGUCUACCAGCACCGAGAUCAAAUAAUUUCACUAUGAUCGCAAAGAAUUUACAAAAUGAAUCACACUCACAAAUAACAAUGACUCUCUUGUGAUCUCUCUCUCAAUUUGUGAAUCAUAAUGCCCGAACCCUAAAAUGGGGUUUAUAUACUAAUUACCUAAUAAAAGAAGUUAUGGGCUUAAUUUACACAAAAAGUAACCUUCAAAGCAGUGGAAAAAACUGAUUCCCGUAAGAAUCGCAAACACAGCCGAGUUAGCUGCCCCAUGAAGUCCCUCACCGCUAAGUCGGCUGAGGCUCCUAGAAAAAUCCCGUAAUCUGUCAGACUAUACCGCCGAGUCGGCGGCAUCCUCACUUCCAAGAAAGCCGACUUGACUAUACUCUCUGGAAAAAACCAAUUUGCUUCAAUCAAAAGCCGACUCGUCUUGAAUCCAAACACCAUCAGUAGGCUACUCAGCUUUGCCCACUGUUCAUGACCUUCAUCUCCAAUUCAUCUUCAACCAUGGUGCUACUAGUUAGAGCCACCAUUAUCAACAAUCUCCACCUUGACGAAAACUCGUAUUCAGCAAACAUUCUCGUCAACACAUAGUGAACAUCUCACAAGCCAAAACCCGAUGCAAAGCUCAUCCAUAAGCCGUACAUCCCGAUAAGUCUUCAACCAAGACCCAUCCCGACAAGUCUCCAACCAAGACCCAUCAAUUACUCUUCACUAAGUAUAACAACUCAUAAUGCUCCACCUACAUCACAAGUCCUGGGCAAGCUCCACCUUAAGGCCAACACGCCUACAAUAGGAGCUUCCCAACACCGCCCCUAAGGGCCUACUACAUCACAUAGUAAUCAAUAUUUAGCAAGUCUAAGCAAUGUUUAAACUUACUAAAUGGAACAUACUUAGUAAAGAAAUCAGCUGGGUUGUCAGCGGUCCCGAUCUUCUUUACCUUUACCCUCUUGUCAGUACACAAGAAAUGAUACUUGACAUCAAUGUGUUUGGAUCGAUCAUGGUGCACUUAGUCUUGAGCUAAGUAAAAGGCACUUAAAAUAUCACAAUACACCGUGGCAAAAUCCUGUGCAUACCCAGUUCACCUACAAGGCCUUUGAGCCAAAUCGACUCCUUAGCUGCAGAAGUCAAAGCCAUGUACUCAGCUUCAGUAGUACACAACGUAACUGAAGACUGUAGUGUAGACUUCAAACUAACCACAGAACCACCCAAAGUGAACACAUACCCGAUCAUCGACCUCCUGGUAUCCACAUCCCUCUCAAAUAGCGAAAAAUCCUUUUCACCCCUUGCCAGUGCUCUCUCCCAGGUCGAGCCAUAAACCUACUCACAACACUAACAGCGUGCGUAAUAUCCGACCUAGUACAGACCAUAGCAUACAUCAAACAACCAACUGCGUUGGCAUAAGGGACCCUAGACAUAUACGCCAACUCCUCCUCAGUUUGAGGUUACAUAGACAAAGACAAUUUGCAGCUCACAGAUGUUGGUGUACUUAGAGGCUUUGAUUUCUCCAUCCCAAAACGAGACUGCUUGGGAUUAUGAUUAGUUGGCAUGACUCAACUGGAUUAUGUCCGGUUGAUUUAGUAAUCCCCUAGGUGAGGUUCGACGGGACCACCGUAAGGGGGGUAUGAGCAUGCUUGGGUCACUGGGCGCCGGAUGACCGAUACCGCCCCUUGACCGAGGUGUUACCAUACGGGCCUUGCAAACCCCAAUAUGGGGGCCUUUUCACUGGUUUAGUACCCUAGUGUGUUAGUUUUUCCCGAAGGUAGGACCCGAGAGGAUCAGCUGGAGGGGGCAUGAGCUCAUACUUUGCCAUGGGCGCCGGAUGGCCGAUGACUCCCUUGGCCGUGUCACUAUGCCAGGAAGUAGAGAAAGAUCCACUGAUAGAAAGUUAUUCAGUGAUAGAAAGUUUAUUCAUUUAUCGAAAGUUAUUUAAUGAUAGAAGGUUCAUUCUUUGAUAGAAAACUUACACAUUGAUAGAACGUUUACUCUUUGAUAGAAUAUUUACUCAUUGAUAGAACAUCUACUUAUUGAUAGAAUAGUUUAUGCUAGUGAGAAGUGUGCCUAAGUUAAGUUACCUCAAGGGUGUUACAGACUAUGAUCACACUUACCUUAAGAUAGACAAACUCUAUAAGGUCAUGUGUUAGGUAUUUUGUUAAUGCCUUGGUCGAGUUGAUACUAUACGUGUUUUGCAAGAGUUGAUGUUUGAAAAGAGGAGCGCGAAGACCUGCAUUCUAUCCAAGCACACAUGGUUUGGGUUGGAAAACAUGUAAUGAAAUUAAGAAGUAUAAGUGGCCGAUAAACGGUUACUAUCUGUGCUUGUGUCUUAUGAAAUCAUCGUAUGUUUUUUUAUAAUAUAAUGCUAUUUCGUAGUUGGCCUUAUUAUAUUUGAUGCUAGUUACUGACGUGUACGUGUUUGUGUUUAUGUUUGAUUGUUGAUGACUUUCUAUGAUUGUCCUACUAUGACACAUUGGCCUUUGGUCUAAU